AUGGCGUCGACGUCCGCGUCGUCCGCGCGGAUCGGACGCCAUCCCGGCGGCGGCGCGGCGGCGGCGCGGCCCACGGUCUGCGAUCGCGCGCGUCGCGUCCCGCGCCGCGCGACGGCGUCGCCCGCGCGCCGAUCGUCGCUUACCCGCCACCCUCGAACGCGAUCGCGCCUCCGCGCGGUCCCUCCGUCCGACGACGCGCCCGCCGACCCGGAGGACCCCGCGAGCUCGAGCGCGGCGUUCGGCGGCGCGCUCGCGGGCGGACUCGCGGACGCGCUCGCGGACGACGCGUCCGAGGACGACGUCGUGAACGCGCUCGGGAUGCGCGCGAACCUCCUGGGCGACGCGCGAGAGACGGAGGCGAAGCGCCAGGCGAUGGCGAACCUCGCGAUGCUCAUGUCGUCCGGGAACGCGGGCGCGCUGAACAGCAUCGCGCCGGAUCUCCUCCCUCUACUCCUCCGGUUGCCGUCCACGGCGGGCAACGUCGACGCGCUGACGCGGUGCGCGGAGGGCAUCAGCGCGUGGAAGGCGUCGCUGAGUAGAGGAUUGCUCCCGGGCUCAGAGAUUGCGUGGCCGGACGACGUCGUGUUCCGCGAGGCGCUCGUGGAGGCGCUCGGGGAUCUGGACAUGGCGCGGUUCACGCGGCAGUUCCCGCCCGUGUUGGACACGCUGAUGAAGAACAUCCUGGACGUGCUGUACGUCUACGAGCAGAACCGCGUGGACGAUGGAGAGGACGACUCGGAUCAGCCGUCGACGGACGCGGACGGCGGCGGGAGCGACGAAGACGGCGCGAGCGGGGACCCGGAGGACGACGACGACCCCGCGGGCGCCGGCGGCGGCGGGAACGGCGAGGAGUCCCAGGACGAUCAGGACAGCCAAGGCAGCGGCGGAUCAGGCGGCGGGAGCGACGACGGCGGGGGAGACGUCGGCAACCAGACGGCGGUGGACGACAUCGACUUCUCGAUGGAGGGAGACGACGCCGGAGAGGACGAGAAGGACGCCGCGAGAGAGGCUGCGAGGGAGGCUGCGAAGGCGGCGAACAAGGAGAUGGUCGAGAAGCUCAUGGAGGACUUCAAGGAGCAGUGGGAGCCCGCGGUGGAUAAGCUGGAUAAGGCGGCGAAGGCGUUCGAGGGGUUGAACUUGGACGAUCUCGCGGAGGGACCCGAGGGGUUCGACGUCACGAAGGGGCUGUGGCAGCAGACCGGGUGGACGGAGCUCGAUUCGCUCCGACGGAAGCUCGAGGAGCUCCGCGAGCUGAGAGACCUCGUGCGCAGCUUGGGCCGAGGCAGCGGCAGAGGCCCGCUGCGCCGCGCGCCGAGGCAGCGCGAGCGUCGCGGCGCGCCCGUCGGUUUGGUCAGAAGCGCGCUCGAUCCCGAGGAGACCAACGGGCUCUGCCGCAGCGACGACAUCUCGAGGAUGCUCCCGUCCGAGAUGGCGCUCAUCGCGAACGGGUCGCGACCGGCGCGGCUGCUGCACUUCGCGCGUCGAAUGGAGCGCACGCUGCUAUCGUACGAACGCGUGGGGUGGUCGGAGGAGCCGGCGGUGACGACGGAGGGCACCGAAAUUCGACCGGCGGCGGAGUGCGGCCCGAUCAUCCUCUGCCUCGACACCUCCGGGAGCAUGAUGGGCGCGCGCGAGACGGUCGCGAAAGCAAUGGUGCUCGAGUGCAUGCGUCAGGCGAAGACGCAGCAGCGGCAGUGCUAUCUGUACUCGUUCAGCGGGCCCGGGGACUGCCAGGAGCUCGAGCUGAAGGUCACGGGGAAGGGCGUGUCCAAGCUGCUCGAGUUUUUAUCCGGGUCGUUCCACGGCGGCACGGACGUGGACGAACCGUUCAUCCGCGCGCUCGAUCGCUUGGGCGAGGAAGAGUGGCAGAACGCGGAUAUUCUGCUCGUGACCGACGGCGAGAUUCGACCGCCGACGGAGGAGGUGGUCGUCGGGCUGGACGACGCCAAGGAAAAGUUGGACUUGAAGGUGCACGCGCUGCUGGUGGGGGAGCCGGGCGCGGGCGCGGGCGUCGUGGAGGAGCUGUGCACGCACACGCACACGUUCAAGUCGUGGAGCAAGGUGGGAGGGAGGCGGCCGUGA